AUGGCCAAAGUACACGGCGGCACGUCGGGCUGUAGGGCCAUCGUAAUGGCAGGUCAGUUUUUGUCGAAGCCCUCUCCGCUCGCUCAGCAGCAGAACAGCGGACAGCAGAGAUUCGCGAAACUUCAGCGGCGAAUGAUGUCGGCCAGCACGGCGGGGCAGGGCAGCAAGACCCCGGUGUGGACUCAGCAGGAGGUGCCCAGCUCCGUUGCGCUAACAGACCGCAACGUUUGGUCCAACCGCACGCUGAUAUACCGGGACGUGAAGGCUUUCCUCGAUGAAGUCGGCGGAGAUCCUAGAGAAGCUCGUUACUGGCUGACGCAAUUUCAGCGAGCUAACCGGUCGGUGGCGCCUGCUUUCGCCGUGGUGGAGAUUGACCCCUCGGUGUUCAAGAGUCGUGAGAUGGUGCAGCGCCUGGCCUUCGGCCUGUCUUUCCUGCAGCGGAUGGAUAUGAAGUCGGUGGUGGUAAUGGGCCUUCCUCCUGAGCUGAUGCAGAAGGACAGUGGAGCAGAUGGGCCUAUUUCCUCUGACUGCAGGACUCUGUUGGUGAAGUAUUGCCAAGCUCUCACUGAGGCCCUUCAGCACAACUCAGCCAGUGUCAUUCCUUUCUUUAGCGCAGAGGCACUGCUACAACUUCAGGACCCUCAGCAUGGCGGCAGUGGCAGUCCCUCUGUGAUGGUGGACACAGCCCUGUUGCAGUGGAGUCUGGACUGUGGAGCCAUUCCCCUAGUGUGUCCUGUGGGCCGCGAUGCAGCUGGCUGCUCCAUACUCCUGGACUCAGUCCAGGUCACUGCGGCCAUCUCACGAGCCAUACAGCCCCUCAAAGUCAUGUUUCUCAACAGCUGGGGUGGCCUGCGUAACCAGAACAAGAAGGUCAUAGGGACAGUAUCGCUGCCGGCUGACCUGCCAACACUAUGGUCUGCUGAGUGGCUGUGUGCUCUGGAACGCAGACGAGUCAGUGCUAUUGCUCAACUCCUCAACCAGCUCCCGCCUGAGAGCUCCGCUGUAGUCACUUCAGUCAACACGCUGCUGACAGAACUCUUCAGCCACAAGGGUUCUGGCACCCUGUUCAAAAAUGGAGAUCCCAUUCACAAGUACAAAAGCCUCAAGGACAUAGAUGUGGACCGUCUCUUGGCUCUGAUCAACAAAUCAUUUGGGAAGAAACUGAAGGAGGAUUACAUCACCUCUCUUAAGGGGAGACUACAUUCCAUCUAUCUGUCAGAAGGGUAUAGUGCGGCAGCCAUUAUUACCUGUGAGUCUGUGAGCAGUGGCACUCUGUAUUUGGAUAAGUUUGUGGUGAGUGGCAGUAAACAGGGCCAGGGCACCAGUCAGAUCCUGUGGGAGUGCAUCCGCCAGGACCUGGGCAAACUGUUCUGGAGAUCCCGCUCAACCAACCGCAUUAACCCUUGGUACUUCAAACACUGUGAUGGGAGCUUUGUGAAUGGCCGCUGGAUCGUCUUCUGGUUUGGUCUGUCAGAUAUCCGUGAGUCGUACGAGCUGGUGGAGUAUGCAAAGCGCAUGCCAGAUUCCUUCUGCCCGGGUGCAGAGAUUGAGUCAGUCCCCCAGGAGCCCCCACCAGGUUCCUGAACCUUACAGACUCUCAAGCUAUUACACUUCAGCAUUAAAACGUGCCAGUGUGCUCUUCACACUCCUUCAGCAUCUGCCAUUAUUUUUUUAAAGCUUGGGGUGAUGAAAAUGUGCCUUUCGGUUGUGUUUACCAGUUUUUACCUAAAGGAAUAUUUCUGUGAAAUUUUUGAUUAACACAUUUUUCCACUUACACUUGAUAUACUGGCUCAGCCAAGAUACAUUUGAUGUCCAGAUUUGGCUUCUUUAGUUUAGAACCUGCAAGACUAACAUUGCUAACACUAGUCAUUGCCAACAAAAGUUAACCAAAUCAGAGAGAUUAAAUUCAUCCCAAUGCGUUGGUAUCUUAAUUGGCUGAGUUCAGCUACACAAUGAGGUUUUGUUCAUUUUUAUAGUUCACAGUAAUGCUGUGCCCUAUACCACAUCAACAAUUCUGUGUGACUGUAGCAAGAAGCUGGAUGCAGUUUGAGCAGGUUGAGAGAAGUUUGGUUUUUUUUUAGUUUUUCUAGUGUUUGUUAGCAACGUUGGCCUUUCAACUCCAGCACUAAAGGAGCAAAACUUGGACAGCAAACAUGUCUUGGUUGAUUGACUCCAUGUGUAAAUUUGAUUUUUCGCUGAACCAUUCCUUUAAGGUGCUACAAGUGUUGUGGGCAUCAUGAGGUUUUCUGAUAGACAUGCAUGUUAAAGAUGUCAAUUUUUUUUUUCCCCAAAUAAAAAAUGUUUACAAUAAAAUACAAGGAAGCGCACAUCUGAUGUUCAGAAAAGUGAAACUGUUGCACUUAUUUCACAUCACCUUUUGGUAUGCUGUGGAUGUUCAACUUUGACGGAAGUGCCUUUUAUAAAACUGUCCCUUCAUUAUAAAAUUAUCCAUUCAUUAUAACCUCAAAAUGUACUUGUGUUCGACUUUGCCAAUUUACACAUAGUCCAUGCCCACAAAACCAGUUUACCCCAUGUUUAAGUCUUAGCAAAACAUCUUUCACAUUGCAGUUUAGUCUAUGAAAGAUCCUGUUUAGUCUAGGAAUAAACUGUAAAUUGUAAAAUCAAUAAUAAAUUACCAUUGAAAAGUAUUUUUAAUUUACCCAUUGCAGAUUAGAUUGGAUACAACUGGCCUAGGAUUAAGAUUAAUCUAAGUAGGGGGAAAGGGCCCUAUGUUGUUUUUUUCAACUGUA